AUGGAGCAACGCCCCAUAAUCACCUGGGCCUUUGUGCUGUUGUUCCUGGCAUGCUGCCGAGGAACGCAAUCAGCGACAGUCGGUGACGGGCUGCGCGUGGCGUUGAUCGGCGAUUUUGGUUCUGGAGAUGCCAACGAGCUUGCCGUCUCCAAGCUCGUGAAGGGUUGGGAGACGGAAUCACCGCUG